GCCUCAGUUCAUGGAGCAACUGAGCUAUUUAAAAGAAAGAAGUAAGUCUCCAGUAGAGAUGGAUCGAUGUGAUCACCUGACCACUUGCCUUCUGCUGUCCUGUAAACUAGAAAGCAGUAACACCCAUCCCAAACCCAUAGCUAGAACACCACAGAGACCCAAGACCGCUAUGGCAGCUCUAGGAGGAAAUAUAUGGGACCCAUAUGAAACAACAAUGAAUCGUGAGUACACACAUAAGGGCUGUCCACAAACUCAAGCAGUACGCCCUAAAACAUCAAAAGGCUACAGAAACCCAUACAUCCUUAGUGAUCCAGUUGGGAUAAGUAUUUACAGUGAUGAGUUUUCUUGGAAACCGUAUUCUAAGCCUGAACCAAUUAGAGCAGCAACAGCUUCUGGAGCAAGAAGUAACAACCCUAUUCCUAAUCAGGCCUUUAUGAUAUGGAGACUCCCACGUGAAGAAAAAAACAUGUCUGAUAAUCGUUCACCUUUAAAGAAGCCAUUGACUCCUUUGAAGACGCCAACAAUUGAAGAGAUUAAAAAAGCAAUGAAGGCCCAGUAUUGUACCACUUAUAGAGACGACUAUGUAGGAAUACCACAAGGCUUUCAAGUGAAAUAUGCCAUUAAUUCUCCAACCAACUGGAAAACAGAAAUCCCUCAUCCUCCAGACACAGAGACGAGAUUUAACUACCAGAUUCAGCCCCAUGCUCCCGAACUCCUGGAUUUCACUCAUAAGUAUGGAUGUUACGCAAACAGACGUGUUCCUGCUAAAGGAUCUGUUCCCACUGUGAUAUAUUCUCACAUACGUAAUCAGGAAAAUAGAAAACACUUGACCACAUAUCAGAGGCAUUACGGUAAAGAAUAUGUUGACCUUGCUGCACUUGCAAGCUCUUUGGAUCCAGAAGACCUGAGGAAGUAUUUGAAGUGUGUUCUAAAAGAUGAAAGAAGAGCACAUGAGAAAUUUGCUAAAACUGCCCGUGGAACUGACAUUCAAAAUGUAACAUCAAAAUUACCUCAAACCCAAAACACCAAAUACUUCCAGCAACAGAAAAAGAUGUGAAUAUUUCUUUAAAAACAGAUUUAAGGGUGUUUUUUUUUUUUUAAUUGUGGUACCUUUUGUGUUAGGUUCCACAAUGAUAUCGUGCCUGUAAAAAUAGUGGCUAAAUUAAAAUAUAUUGACCUAUG